UUUAGUGCAAGAGCUGAAUAGCUUUGAUAAUUACUUCGUAUACUAUGAAAAUAGUUACUUAUGGCGUACUCUUCCAUCUUAGCCAGUUUGAAUUAACAUCACGUUUCUCCGUUGUGUAAGGCAUUGGGAUGGAUGUCGUGGGAGAGAUUUCGCUGUGUUACAGAUUGCGAGAAGGAUCCUAAAAACUGCAUUAGUGAAAGACUUUACAUGGAAAUGGCAGAUGCAAUGUACUUUGGUGGUUACAGCAAUGUUGGCUAUAAAUAUAUCUGCAUUGAUGACUGCUGGACAGAUAUGAAUCGAACUAAAGACGGUCGCCUGCAAGCGGAUCCAAAACGUUUCCCAAACGGAAUUAAAAAGCUGGCAGAUUACGUUCAUGCAAGGGGACUUAAGUUAGGAAUCUAUGCAGAUUAUGGAACCAAGACAUGCGCAGGCUACCCAGGGAGUAUUCAUCAUAUAAAGAAAGAUGCACAGACAUUUGCAGAUUGGGGAGUAGAUUACCUCAAGUUAGAUGGUUGUUAUGCAAACCCCAAAGAGAUGGACAAAGGAUACCCAAAGUUUGCCAAGGCACUGAAUAAGACAGGCCGCCCCAUAGUGUUUUCAUGUAGUUGGCCUGCUUACCAAGUCUUCAUGGGCAUGAAACCCAACUACAAGAAGAUCGCGAAACACUGCAAUCUAUGGAGAAAUUAUGGUGAUAUACAGGAUUCAUUCCAAAGUUUGGUGAACAUUUUCAGUUGGUAUGGAGACAACCAAGAUGACAUGAUACCUGUGGCAGGCAGUGGAAACUGGAACGACCCUGAUAUGCUGAUUAUCGGAAACUUUGGUCUCAGUUAUGAACAGUCAAAGCUACAGUUUGCUCUUUGGGCCAUAUUGGCAUCUCCCUUGCUUAUGUCCAACGACUUGCGUGACAUUGAUGCCAGAUCCAGAGGAAUUCUUCUGAACACAGAAAUAAUCGCUGUAAACCAAGACAAGCUCGGAAAACAAGGCAAGCGAGUGGUUCAGAACAAAAAAUCGUUUACGGAGGUAUGGGUACGACCCUUGUCAGACUGCGGAAGUGUAGCUGUGGUCCUUCUUAGCCUGAGAUCAGAUCUACCGUCUGAUGUGGAAGCCUCGUUCUCUGACGUCGGAAUUUCAACAAAAAGUGCUUGUGCACGUGACCUGUUUGCUCAUCAGCAGCUAGGAAUGUACAACGAAUCAUUUACAGCCAGAGUGAACCCUAGUGGGGUGGCCAUGGUGAAACUGACGCCAAUCUGCGAAAAGAAAAGAAAAUCACUCAAAAAGAAAAGAGGAAAAGGAAAAGAAAGUCAUAAAAGGAGUUGCUGCAUAAUCAGUUGUUGAUAUAAUUUACUAUCACGAAUCUCUUGAUUUCAGUUUCCUGAUUCAUUUUAUUA